GCAGCCGCUGCAGCUUCAGCUCCCUCUGAAAGUUUCCACACAGACUGAGGGCAGAGAAGGAGGACCUUCCUAAAAAGGAUCAAAAGCUUUCUUUUGCUGUCAGGCAAAUCCUGUGCCCCCGAAAUGGCCUGUAGACUCAACAUUUCACUUUUCUUGUGGCUUUUGUUGGUAAUCUGUGAAGCUGGAAGGCAGAUGUCUAAACUUUCCAACAAGAAACUCUGUGCUGACUCUGAAUGCAGCCAUCCCAUUUUGAUUGCCCGAGCAACGCAGGACUACUACCCUGCAGACUGCAGGUUUAUCCCCAUCCGACAGGGACAGCUUGUUUACGUCUAUUCCAUGUUAAAAGACAGAGGCAACCUUUUCUGGGCUGGCAGUGUGCAAGGCUCUUAUUACGGGGAACAGGAAGCUCGCAUCGGUCACUUUCCCAGCAGCGUGGUGGAGGAGCUGCAGCCUCUGAUGCCCGCCAACACUGAAGUUAAAACUACUAAGUGGGACUUUUACUGCGACUGAUGAAGCAUUUACUGCAAAGGAUAACUGCACCUGCAACACCGUUUUUUCGUACUGUAAAAAUGACAACAUUUAUAGAAUUCUUGGUGACACAAUCAGGCAGACUUAAAAAAAACAAUAUGAUAAUAAUAAUAAGAUAAUAAAAACUAUGAUUGCUUCCUAAACUGGAGGUAUAAUUUUAA